AUGUCAGUGCCACGUGGUCCUGUACUGGACUCAACAGAGGCACAGCUCGUUCAAGACCUCACGCAAUGGCUCCAGCCAACCGAUUUCCGGUCCCCUGGCGGUGAGCUCAUGAAACAUGUACGGGCGUAUAUGCCUGGAACCGGAGAUUGGGUGCGAAAGACGCCUGAAUAUGUCCACUGGGUGGAUGCUGAUGCUGGUACAAGGGCGUCACCACCCAACGGAUGUCUCUGGAUUAAAGGCGUUCCUGGCAGCGGCAAAUCGGUUGUCUCUGGAACUGUGAAUCACGAUCCGGCGAAUCUCGUGCGCGACUAUGCUGCCCAGUUGCUUCCUUUCAGCGCAACGCUGAGAACAAGCCUUUCGCAGUCAAAAGCCAACAGGUCACGGGGUUUUGAUCAAGAUGCAAUUUGGGAUGCCACCUGUACGGCCAUGGAUGAGCUUGAUCGCGUUUACUGUAUUGCUGAUGCUUUGGAUGAGAUGGAUAACGAAAGUUUUGACUUUAUCAACAAACUCAAGGCCCUGGGUAAUCGACAGCCCAGCAAAAUCAAGGUUCUAUUGACGAGCAGACCGAUACCAAAAUUAGAGGCCGCUUUACAAGAGCAAUAUAUUGCGCCUUUCCGCCUGGAGCCCACCAAGAUUUACCCUGACAUAACAAAAUAUGUCAAAAAGUCCAUGGCAUCUCUUGUGCCGCGCCUCUCGCUAGAGACCGAGAGCCGGGUCACUGAAGCACUUUGUGAAGCUGCCAAAGGCUCAUUUCUUCAUGCAAGACUUCUCAUGGAUAAUUUGGAAGAAGGUCUAAAAACAGACCGUCAGCCGACGGAGGAUAGGCGACCCGAUAUUAUCGACUUUUUAGUAACUGCCGGAGCCGACAUUAAUCACAAAGCAUCCAUCGAUGGGGUCAUGAUGACGCCGCUAGAUCGAGCGAUAGCAUUGGGCAGCACCAAUAUUGCGCUGGAACUAAUUAGGUAUGGUGCAGUUCCAACCAAUCCAGAUACUGUGACGAAUAUGGACCUUUCGAAGCAUCAAGAACGCUUGGAUCGUCUGUUACGACUACAUGAUGAUGCGUUAAUAGGGGAGACUGGCAAACAGCACCAUUCUUGGUAUGAUCUUGAGAGCGAGUUUACGAAGGUCGUGUCGAGCGGUUAUCACAGCGCCGCAGUUGCUUUCUUCGACCAAGUUCCAACUCGGCCAGACCUUAAAGCCAUAGAAGAUUCCGCCUUGCGGGUUCUUGGUUCUUUGAUACAUCAAGGGCAAAUCACUGUGCUCCGUCGACUUGGGAAGUCCAUCAAGGAACACCCAGCUUUGGAACAGAAGCUUCCAAAAGAAACUAAACUCUUAAAUACCAUAUGCUCGGUAAACAGAUAUCAGUUGGAAUCGAUACAGCUUCUUGUCGACGAUUUCCAAGCACCCAUCAACACUGUACCUCAUCCUCUUCAUAACUUUGUCUACUAUUUAAGUAGUGGAUGUGCCGCUUCUGCCCGCUACCUCAUCGAGCAUGGCGCUGUGGUAGAUGUUAUGGAAACGCAGCUCGGCAUGACACCGCUGAUGCGCGUUCUUUCGCACCCUACACCACACAUGGAGUUGGCAGAGGUUUUACUUGCACAUGGCGCGAAUCCAAAUGCAGUAUCUGCUAAGGGGUCGCAAUCUACAUUGACCGUAUGCACAGAUCCUGAUGCUCUACGUCUGUUGUUUGCCCACGGCGCCGAUGCCCGACUUGAUGUGCAUGCAGGAGCACUAGUUGCCUUACUCACGAUGGGAUCAACCCCUGCCCCGAAAAUAUCAGAAGCCAUGCGGCUGCUGAUUGAAGCUGGACAGGAGUUGAAUAGUGCCUUCAAUGGCAGGUAUCCCCUGCUUUCUGCGGCUAGGAAGAUAGGCUUUUGGCGCCCAGGUGAUGAAGAAAAAGCUGAACAGUGCUGUGCCACUGCCAUCGAGUGUGGCGCUGACAUGUCUAAACAGCUUGCAGAUGGCCGCUCUAUAAUUCAAGUUGUUCUAGAAGAGCAUGGAUUGGCUAAGCCUUUUCUCGGUAGCCCUAACUUGGACAUGGAGGCACGGGGGCUAGGCGGUCGUACCCUGUUGAUGUCUGCUUGCAGGCCAUUUCCAAGUCCAGGGCCCCGAGAGAAUUCCAAGUCACUAAAAGCUGUGGUGCCAUCCAUUGUAGACAUGCUGCUUGAUCAGGGAGCUGACACCGGCGCCGUUGACGAUGUUGGUCGUACAGCUCUGCAUUGGCUCUGCACAAUAGAAGCGGAAGCUGAUGAUGCUCUCUGUAACCUUGCGAUUCGUCUUAUUCAGUCCAACCCAGCAGCAGUACUGGUUAAGGACAAGGAAGGAUACACGCCGCUUCAUCUUGCCUCGAAACACCAGCAACCAGACAUUAUGGAUAUCCUUAUGGCUAAUGGUGGUGAUGUGUUCGAACUGGAUCCCGGACGAAAUUCGGCAUUGCACUGGCUGGCGCCCCGGCUUGUUAAGCCUCAAGUUUAUGUACGUUACACAUAUGAGUGCAUAGACGAGUCCACAGAUGCAACGAAGAUGAUUGAGUAUUUCAAAGGGCUGGUAGCGAAGGGCCUUGACAUCAAUCAAGUGAAUAGUGAAGGAAGAACUCCAUUGUUUGGCUUUAUCAGUGCGGAUCCAGAAGGCGAGCUUCCCAAACGGCGACUAUACGCGGAACCUUUCAAAAUCUUUCGUAAACAAGCUGCCAAUAUGUCUCAACAAGACACGGAUGGACAGAAUGUUCUCCAUAUCCUAGCUGGGCAAAGAUUGCGGCCGUAUAGCAAGAAAGUCUGGCUCUUUAAAAAGUUGCUUAUGCUUGGUGCUAACCCUAGGCAAGAGAAUAACAAGCUCCAGACAGCCAUUGAUAUUGCUUCCACCACAAGUAAUUACCGGGUUCUCGAACUAUUCCGACCAGAAUUGGCCAAUAGUGCUACGGUGACUGAUGAUAGUGAUAUCUCUUGUUCGGAUGACGAAUCUUCCAACGCAGUGCCUAAGAAAGACGAUGAGAGUUCGAAGGUAGAGGAAGCUAGUGACAAUGAAAGUGAGCCUGGAUAUGAGGUGAUUGACACGGAGGAGGUCGAUACUGUCAUAGUUUAAGUCACAUGAGUUGGUUGAGGUAUAUGAUAUACAGAUGCUAUUCGUAUUUGCUAU